UGUGACCUUGAAGAUUUGGCAGAUUCUGUUGAAAGUAGACUGAAGCAGAGAUAUUUGAUUUUUUUUUGUUGCCCUUUCUCUUGUGGAAAGGGUUAGAUCCAAAAGAAGGAAGAGGUUUCAUUUCCUCUGUCUUGUUUCUUGUGAAACAUUGACUCAGUGAUUUGACAAAAGGAAGGAUAGGUUAGGAGUUAUUGGAGAGAGAGAUUAUAGUGUAUCUCUUUGGAUCAUUUGGAGAUUUUCAGUCUAAAUUAUUGAAAGCCUACAAGUAGUUUUGGAUUCAUAUAGCUCCAAAAAGCUGGUGUGGAAUCUCAAAAGAGCGUGUUUUUGGCUGAGACCUUUGUGUUUUAUGUUUUGAAGUUUAUGUGAUUCAAAGAGAAAAGAGUGGUGAGUGAGAGGUCUUGUCAUGUCUAUAAGUUUUGUAUCCAUCUGCAACUCAGGCUGUGUGUUUGGUUUGGUCUUGUCUUGAUGUCCAACUUGCCUUAAUAAUGCAAUCAUCAUUACCAAAUCUCUGAAGAUUCAGUUGAAAACCAAUCCUCUUGGGAAGGGAGAGAGAGAGGAAUCUAGAGAAUAGUUCUUGCAUUUGAGUCUUAAAAUGAUCAGAGGAAAACAGGAGAAGAGACCAGGUUCUAAUGGGACUGAGAAGGUUCUUGUUGCUGUUAAAGCAUCUAGAGAGAUUUCAAAGACAGCAUUGGUUUGGGCUUUGACUCACAUUGUUCAUCCUGGAGAUUGCAUAACUCUUGUUGUUGUUGUCACUUCUCACAAUGCUGGUCGAAAACUUUGGACUCUCCCAGGGUUUGCUGGAGAUUGUGCAAAUGGUCAUAGGAAAUCACAUCCUGAUGCAAUCCCCGAGUUAAAAAGUGAUCUCACUGAUACUUGUUCCCAAAUGAUUCUCCAGCUACAUGAUGUCUAUGACCAAAACAAGGUUAAUGUCAGGAUCAAGAUUGUUUCUGCAUCACCAUGUGGAGCUGUUGCAUCUGAGGCCAAGGAGUCGCAAGCAACUUGGGUAGUUCUUGAUAAGCACCUUAAGCAUGAAGUGAAACGGUGCAUUGAUGAGCUACAAUGUAACAUUGUGGCCAUAAAACGUUCUCAGGCAAAAGUACUGCGGUUGAACUUGGUCGGUUCACCAACAAGAAAAGAUGCAGUGAAAGAGAACAAAACCAAGUCGUCAGGUUCUGUUGGAGCUUUAGUUACAACUCCUUUGAGCAGUCCUGAGGUUGGCACACCAUUCACAGGCACAGAAGCUGGGACUUCAUCAGUGGCUAGCUCUGACCUCGGAACAUCAUCGCCUAUUUGCACAGUGGAAGUGGAAAAGGAUGGUGCUAAUGCCUCUCAAGUAUCUACCAACAUGGCUUUGCUUGAUGGAGAAGAAACCAAGAUUUUUAGGAGUGGCUUGGAGGAGAUAAGAGGAGCACGAAACGCUCCUCCUGUUCCACCUCCUCUCUGCUCUAUCUGUCAGCACAAAGCACCUGUAUUUGGAAAACCACCGAGGUUCUUCUCUUACAAAGAGCUAGAGCUUGCAACAAAAGGGUUUUCACAGUCUAACUUCUUAGCAGAAGGAGGGUUUGGAUCUGUUCAUAGAGGUGUGUUACCAGAAGGCCAGGUUGUAGCAGUAAAGCAACACAAACUAGCUAGUACUCAAGGAGAUGUAGAGUUUUGCUCUGAAGUAGAGGUUUUGAGCUGUGCUCAGCACAGAAACGUGGUUAUGUUAAUAGGUUUCUGCAUUGAACAAGGCAGAAGACUCUUGGUCUAUGAAUACAUAUGCAAUGGAUCAUUAGACGCUCAUCUAUAUGGUCGUCACAAAGACACUUUGGAGUGGCCUGCAAGGCAGAAAAUAGCGGUUGGAGCGGCUCGUGGUCUUAGAUAUCUUCAUGAAGAGUGUAGAGUUGGCUGCAUUGUUCACAGAGACUUAAGGCCUAACAAUAUACUAAUCACUCAUGAUUAUGAACCACUGGUUGGAGAUUUUGGUUUAGCGCGGUGGCAGCCUGAUGGAGAGCUCGGUGUAGACACACGCAUAAUAGGAACAUUCGGUUACUUAGCUCCAGAGUAUACUCAAAGUGGACAGAUCACAGAGAAGGCUGAUGUAUACUCAUUUGGGGUUGUACUAAUCGAGCUAAUCACGGGUCGUAAAGCCAUGGAUAUCUCCAGACCAAAAGGACAACAGUGUUUAACUGAAUGGGCUAGAUCUAGAUUAGAAGUGUAUGCUGUCGAAGAGCUGGUUGAUCCGAGGCUAGAGAAGAGAUACUCAGAAACAGAAAUCAUUUGUAUGAUUCAUACAGCUUCAUUGUGCAUACGCAGAGAUCCACAUUUGCGUCCUCGUAUGUCUCAGGUGUUGCGUUUACUGGAAGGAGAUUUGGUAGUGAAUGAGAGGUUUAGUGCAAGAUUAUCGACUGAGAGAAGUCAAAGAUUAGUGAGAUAGUCAUGUACUAAUGAUGAUAUCAAAAUAAAGUAAUUAACCAAACAAAACACAUUGUCAACGAACUAUCCUUAUGUUUCUCAAUAACACAAAAUUACUUAUGUUUUGCGUUUCCA